CCUGUUCAUGCAAUUCUUUGCGUCAAUUUAUUGAGAUCCCUUUCAAUUAAGAUGCACAGGGACCUCUAUGGCUGCCUCCAUGAGCCAGCAACACACAUGCAGGGUUUCCACAUUGCUGCUGCACGCAGAUCUAUUCGGAUUGCAGCGCACCUUCAAAUUCCAGCGUUAGAACCUCUAACUUUUACUCUGCCUAAGGAAUGGAGGCCGUUGAAGUUUUGGGACCGAGUCGGCUGCAUGGCAUUCACCAAACCAACAUUGCGGCUCGGAAGAUCAGCGGCUCCUGGGCGGCCCCGCUGAAGGAACCAAGGAUUGGAAGCCCGUGUUGCCGCUGCACCAGAAGGUCCAAUGGCGCAAAGGGGAGAUACUCGUUGCGCAAAUCGAGUUGGUUUGGUGCAAGGCUCAGCCAUGCGAAUGCAUCUGCAGAGAGCAGACGGCAGCGGACAGGUGCAAUUGUCUGUGAGGAUAGGAGGAUCAAAUGGGACAAUGAUGACGAGGGCUGGGUCGGGGGUGCCUACUUGGAGAAGGGCGAAGAGGACGACAAGUCGCCCAUUAACUCGCAGCUGAUCCCCCUGCUCCUUGACAUGAACGAGACGCACUACAAGUUUUUGGGUCUUCUCCCCUCUGCGGACAUCGAUGCGGUCCGUGCGGCGUUCCGCAAGCUUGCGCCGGUAUACCAUCCCGACACAUCUACGUUGCCCAAAGACGUUGCUGCGGAAAAGUUCGUCCGGCUACGAGAGGCGUACGAGGUUCUGAGUGACGAGACGCGCCGGCGUUUGUACGACUGGCAGCUCGCCGUGCAAUCGAAGCCAGACGAUGGGGACUUUAUCUGGCCGUACGAGACCGAUCGCGGACAAUGGGGCCCGAACGGUCCGGGGCAGCGGCCGAUAAAGUACGGGGACUUCGACAAGGAUUUCUUUGACGGCAAGAACGUAGAGCUGUCGGCGCAGUCGACGUCUGCGCUCUUGUUCGACAUGUUUGCUUUUGCUGCCGCCAUCGGGACGGCGCUGUACAUUCUGUUUAUCAAGAACCCUGCGCCGUCUUAAGAACGCCUGUGCUUGUUGCACAUUAGGACUUGACGUGUUGUCAUUCGAUCAAUCAAAAAACGGGGCGAUGCUUAUCGUAUUUCAGAUAUCCGAAAUCCAUCUUUCGAGCAUAUAUGAGGUGGUGACAUGGGUAUUUUGAGACUACGAUGAAAAGUUAUGCACAAGGAGUUCUGUGACGGAGAUGUACGAGGCAUUUUAUGGCAGAGUAUGGUAUCCGGGGUUUGGCCGCCAAACUCGUGUGAGCUAGAUGACUUGAUACUUGGCACGUACACCUCGUCGUUUAGCUUAAGCCAGCUGCUCAAAUAUCUGAGUCUGGUCACACACUGAGGCACAUGAUGCAUGUACGUAGACAGAGCGCGAGCAAACAACUUAGAUACGGCAGGACGGUCACUUCCAAAAUACAGACGUGUGCACGGG